UCACAUGACAGAUUUUGGGGGCGAUCCCUCAUUUUGGGGUGGAUCAGUUAGGCGACUAGGCAGCUCCGUCUUUCUGCAAUCGUGAAGGUCCCUGUGUGUAGGGAAUAAUGGAGUGAUCGCUGCGGGGAACCAUAAACGGAAGUACCACUGAGAGGGGCGUUGAUGUAGUAGCUCUGAGCAGCCAUGGUCGUAAGGGGCCUCUCGGAGUACAUUCUGAACAGCUCCCAUCUGCGCAGAGUCAACGUGUCAGUGUUGGCCGAUCACCUGCAGCAAGAGACUGGAAAACGACCCAAACUUCUCCUGAGGAUCUCCACAGCUAAAGCCUGGAUUUGGAACACCGGUGGAGCUGUGCUACGGCAUAUUGGAGACUAUCCCACGUACACGGCUGUCAGUGGACCUGACUUUCACCUGGUCGCAGAUAGAGCUCGCUGCUUCGUCAGAGCUCUGAAGUCUGUUGGGGUUGAUCCUGUGUUUUUCAUCGACGUAUCGUCGGAAGACGCUAGCGAUGGAGAGGUGCUGCAGGAGCAGAAGAAUCAGAUUGCCAGGGAGAUGUCGGACGGCUAUCUGAUACAGCAAAUGUUGGAAAGAACUACAGCCGCGGCGUUGGAGAAUGUGAAACCGAACGAACUGGCAGAGAGGCAGAUUCUGCACUCCCUGAGGGAAGAGGGUGGGGAGCUGGUGUUCUGUACUCACCAGAAGUCGAUGCAAGCCAUUGCUCAGUACGUCCGAAGUCACGAGGAGACGUGUGGAGUGGUGUCCAGUGAGGCUGACUUUGCCGUCGUCAGUGGGUGUGUCCUGUUCCCAAGAAGUGGGUUUGACUGUGAGAACCUAGUCGGACUGCGACGUGGGGUGUCGGUAGAUGAGAACCCAGGUGAGGUUGUGGCCCUUGCCAUCUCCUCCGCUGGUUUGGCCGAGAGUCUCGGGAUCCGCGAGGACCAGUUGCCCGACCUGGCAGUGCUGUGUGGAACUGAGCACACCCGUCUCUUCCUCAGCCGUCUCUCUGUUCUCACUGCUCUGGGGAUCGAGGGUAGCGAUGUGGAUGACAUUGCCGACUGGUUGGAGGAUAGGGAAGGUCCCCUUCUGGAGAAUGAUGUCAUAAAGGGUCUCUGUACUCUGCACCCUGAGUUUAGGGAAGCGCUGGAAAAGUCGUACAGAGCAUUUGCUGUGGGUGAGCCCCCUCUUGUGGAUCCACCUAGUUUUGCCUCUCCUGUAUGUGAGUUGGUAGAGAGGGAAAUUGUGGGGCGUUGCUCUAUGGCAGCUGCUGCCGCUAGGAUGGGAAAUGUAAUGCUGCCUGUCUUACUCGAGAGCCUCACACUUGGCCAGCCAUCCAUUCUCGAGGUGCUUCGUCCUCUACGCUCAACCAUCUACUCGUUGCUAGGGGUGAGUGCGGUGAGCGAGUUUGGUCGCACGGCAACCAAGGCAUGUGUGAAGCAGGUCGUGCCUGUUUGCUCUAGCGUGGAAGAGAGCGUGGCAGCUGUUCAACGGUUGCAGUCGCUGCGAGGGACUGGAGUUGUGGGAGAAGUUAGGGAUCGUGUACAGUCUCUCUACCAUUCCCUCCGUGUUGUCUGUGAGCAGUGUGCUUCAGGUUGUAGAUAGCGCUGUAAAAACCUCGCUAGAAUUCCCCGAAAUGGAGUGCCCUAAACUCCACAAGCUUGCCCUUGUCUGUUGCAGCCUUAGGUUAUUGGCACUUCUCAACCAGUCGGCUUCGCUUGCCAUCAGCAGUGAGGAGAUGGAUGCACUGCUUGUCUCUUGUCUCACGUGUGCAACUGAGGGCAAGGUACUGCCGCACAUUGUUCACGUUCUGCCUUCAAUGAAGGCCGUUACAAUAGCCGAGUGGUUCUGCAUUGUCAUCGACUCUGUCUACCAGUUGUCAGCCAUUGUUGGCAGUGCGGAGGCCUUCCCGGAGCCAAGAAAUGUCUUUUAUCCGAUGGUUUACCUUCCCUACCACCUAGCCCUGGAGCCACACACUAACUUGAACACCCGACAAACGACCGAUAUCAAAUCCGUCAAGGCAGCUAUGGAUUUUGCCCUCUCCCUUUCCUCGGUGCACCAGUUCAAGUUGUCUGUGUUUGAUGCCGAUGUGCCCCAGACCCUGCCUGACCUCAUCACGCGCUGCAACGCUGCACUCGAGGAGGUCCUUGAGAACACGGAGAAACUCCUCCCACGCACCAUGACUGCCCCUCUUUCAGAGCUACUUCGACCCCGGGAGAGGAAGAGCGAGAGUGAGAGCAGUUCGGAUGAAGAUGACGAAGAACAAGAGGAUAAGUCGGAGCGGGUGUGGGACAGGGAGGAGCUCCCAAUCAUGGAGCACAGGGAGAGGAUCCUGGAGCUCAUUGGGAGCCAUCAAGUAGUGUGCAUCGAAGGGGAGACGGGGUGUGGCAAGUCUUCGCAGGUCCCGCAGUUCAUCCUCCAGCGUUUCCCCGUCUCAAAGGUGCUCGUAAGCCAACCAAACUCCCUGGCGGCCAAGAAACUCGCCGAGCGAGUGCAGGAGGAGAUGCACUUGCCUAGCACGGUGGUGACUCACUGUGAUGACCUGCACACCGAGGAGGGCAGUGCUAGACUUAUCUAUGGAACAAAUCGAUUCCUUCUUCAGGCACUGUUAAACAUCCAAAAUGAAGAAGAGGCGUGGUCUUACACGCAUAUAGUACUAGACGAAGUCCACGAUAGAACAACUGACAUUGACUUUGGGAUGUUUCUCGCCCAACAACUGGCAGCUAGAGUUCCCGACCUGAAGAUUGUGUUAAUGUCUGCGACGCUGCAGGGGAAACUCUUCGUGGAGUAUUUCCGACUGGCUCUGGGAGCUGAUCGAGUCUGUGAUCCCUACUUUGUCGGCAUUCGCAGGUUUCCCGUCCAUGUUGUCUUCAUAGAUGAGCUCUCGGAGCUCUUGUCAAGAAGGAGGGACGCCGUCCAAGCGGGAGCCAUGGCGGAUCUGGCUCGCCUGCAGACCAAGCUGGAGGGUAACAGUGCUAUCUUGGCCCACAUGGCAGAGGUGAGUCCCUAUGCACAAGAAGUGUGCAUCAACCUCAUAUUGGCAGUGCCCAAGCCAGGCGAUACAGUUCUGGUCUUCCUGCCCGGGCUUGCCGACAUCAUCGAUCUUCAGUCCUCCCUCUCGAGAAAACUGCGACAGCUGAAGGUCAAGGACCGGUUCAGGAUCUUUGUAUUGCAUGUCCAGGUCCCAACUGAGGACGAGAGAGAGGUUUUCGACAGACCUCAGUCGGGACAGGCCAACAUAAUCAUCUCCACCACAAUUGCAGAGAGUUCAAUUACCAUUCCCCAUCUUACACUUGUGAUCAACUUUGCUAUCCGUCGCUACAUGAUCUACGAUCCAAAGACCCACAUUUCGAAGCUGACUCGUCAGUGGUGCUCCAAAUCCUCCUGUACCCAGCGGGCGGGGCGGGUGGGACGGGUGUCGCCCGGUACUGCCAUACACCUCAUCACACGUGAAGACCACAAGAAACUUGCCGGGUUCAAUCUCUCCGAAAUUGUCUUCUCUCCGCUUGCCAAGACGGUGCUCAAGGCCAAGCAGCUCAUUGCACGUGGCUGUGGCGUCUCUCUUCCCUCCGAGUUGCUGGGCACGUUGAUCGAGCCGCCCUCCCUCCUCCAGUUUCAGUCUGCCCUGCACGACCUGGUAGACAUCGGUGCCAUUCUCCACGACCCACAGCAGCACUCCUCCAUCUCGGAGGACGCAGAGACGACUCUGUUGGGUGAGUUUUGUGUCGGUGUGCCCCUUGACCUCCACCUCUGUCGCCUCGUUCUCCUCGGUAUUCUCUUUGGCUGUCCAAACGAUGCAGUCGUCCUGGCAGCCGGGCUCUCGAUGUACCAAGACAUAUUCACCAUGCCGACCAGAAUGAUAAUGGACAACAUGAAACAGUUCUGUGAGUCUCUCUCAAGAAGUACGUUCUCACGACUAAGUCUUGACGCUGGCUGUUACAGCAAACCCAUCAUGAUACGUAACAUGUUCAUAGAGUGGCUCCGCUUUGCCGAUUCGCACUGGGUUGGCAACCGUAGGGAAAUGGCCACCCACUUUUCCUUCAAGUUCUCCGUGCGUGUGACGCGCCUGCUUCACUUCGAGACUUCGGUCGCUGAUAUUGCUCGUGCCGUGGCAAAAUGGGUUCCCCCAGGCACCAGGUCUCGUCUGGAGCUUGAGACUCUGUCUUGUGUCGACAGACGGAGAGUGGCUGCCCCGAUCCAGUGCAGCAACACAUACUUCACCACCAAGGAGUCCACGGAAUCUUCCGUACCUUCAAUUUCCCUUCGCCCCAAUACUCGGAGUUACGUCCCUCACCAUCUGAGGAACAUGGCUCGCCACCGCCAUCAGAGGGCCUUGCGUCAACUCCACUUCUGCGACAACUACCACCUUUUGAAGAUGCUGAUCACUGCAGCUUCGCCGGGCGAGAUCCUGCUCGGUGAGAGGCACUGCGAUUCCUCACAUCCUGACCUCAAGACCUUUGCCCGCAGGUGUGUCUCGAUGGCAAAGGAGGAAGAUUUUAAACCCAGUCACACUCUCUCCAUGGACCUGUCGGAUACUGCCUCUCUAGAUCUCUGGGCGGAGCAACUCAGGGAAACAAACGAGACCACAAUACGAGAACUCUACAGCAGCUUACCGCCAAAAUUCCGGUUCCCAGUCAGAGUCAGGCUGGACAAAGACACCAACGCUGCGGUCGUUGACUUUAGCGAGGUGGUCGAAGCCAGUCACACUAUAGCCAGGAUUGCUCACAACAGUGGGUACACCCCUGGAUCAACCCCAGUAAACGAAUCGACAGUCCAGCUCUCAGAGCUCUCCCCUGAACUGCAUGUCCUCUGGAGACUCGGGGAGUAUAGGGACAUGUGGGAGGUGGACGAGGUGAACGCUGUGUUUCCCAUAGUCUCCCACCCAAACAAACUAUUGUGGCACGUGAUGGACAAAAGUAGACGACAUGUCGACACUGCCCUACUCAACUUCAGGAACCCCACGGCACUUAUGUGUCUGUUCAAGGAGCCAGCUUACCCGUACCUAGCUGUUGCCUCACGUUCCUUCACGAGUGACAGUCAGGUGACUAUGGCUCCAGACAUGACAGUUCUCCCUCCUCCGCCCCAUAGCUUGGCAACGGUCCUCUCCUUCCAGCCUCCCACCUCCGUCACAGAGCUACUCAUCGAUAGACGGGAGGGAAAGGUGAGGGGAAUGAGACUCAACCACAAUGACAUCCCCUGCAAGGACAUAGACCGGUAUCUGUCAGUGGAGACCCUCAGAGCUAUUAAUCGAUUUCGGCUCUCCCUCUCAAAUGCUCUGUCAUCAUCUCUCAAGGACAGGCGUAUCCAACAGGCAGUACUUGAGUCCAGUGAGCUUCACCAGAGUCUGGCGGCACUACUCACCCUGUCUCCUCCCCACACUUCUACCAGUGAUGAAACCGCUCCACUCCUGACACAACUUGCAGAGACAGAGGUACACUCUGGAGAGCAAACUAAUCCAGUCAACCUCGUGUGGGAGAGAGUUACCCCGGGCCAGCUGGCCGGCAGUGCUGCAGAGGCAGAAGAGGGCGGGGUCUACUACCCUGCGUUGAGGUGCUCACUGGUGGGGUCCCAGCCUUACUCUGAGUCUCCUUCCCACCGUGAUCAGGAGACCACUGCCACACUCUCUCCACCCGUGCAAUACCAGGAGAGCCUGUCUACUAAACUCCUGCUCGAGAGGUUUGAUCGAGUUGAAGACUUGUCAGAUGAUGAUGGCGAGGUUGGUGAUGAUUCAAAAUUCUCCGAGACUGACUGGAGAAAGAACAGAGCUGUGAAGGAGGAAGCAGAAUCGAGUGACUGUGAAGAGACAGAGUCUACGACACCUGCUGAAAAGGAUAGUAAAAUGGAUGGGGCACAUGCAGAGCCCAAGUCAAGUGCAGAGGAAGUGCCGACCCAAAAUAUUUCAUUUCCGUCACUAGUGGCAGCCAAACUGGAGCAAGAGAUAGUCCGCCAUCUCCAGAGGAACAACAAGAUGGAGUUCCUGAGUGAGCUGAGGGUACAGAGGAGAAUUAAACACAUGUGUUCACUCAUCAGAACCACCCUCAACAUCCCGUUCUUUCUGCAGCGACCGAAUGUGUUUCAGGUGAGGGAGGUCGAAGAGGGGGUAGAGGGGGCAGAUGCCGCCACUGAGGGACACGAGUAUCUCAUUGUACUGGACCGCAGCAAGUGGAGGGAGGUGGACAGCGACGAAGAAGAGCCUGUUCUUCCUCCCUCCAUGAGAAUCAUCAGCAGAGCAAAGAGAGCGACUGGAAACCGACCUCCUCCUCCACUGCCUACGGUGACCGAGGGAACACAAACAGAGGCGGUGUCUCGACCAAGUUCUGCCAGUGAGAGGGGACCAGAGAAAGAGGCGAAGUCCAGCCCCUCAAAACCACUGACGGCCACGAGGGCACUGAAACUCUCAGACUCAAAGGCCACGAGUACACCACUCGCUGCAUGUGCUGUGGAAGACAAGAAGACUGAACUAGCAACCAAGAAACCAGAGCCUGCCAAGAAGACUGAGUCAGCAAGGAAGACAGACAGUUCCAAGGCCAGCGGCACUGCCAGAGCAGAGUCCUCUGACCAGACCAAAACUUCCUCGGUGGAGUCUGCCAAGAAGACGGUGACUGUGGUGACCAAGAAGAGAACUCCAGUCGUCGGUUCAGACGAACACCUCGCCAUUUUCAUAUUCGACUACAUCAAGAAGCGAGGGGGAGAAGUGAAACUCGCAAUGCUGAGGAAGGAGACACUUCGGGACUACUACGAUCGCUACCCCAACCAGCGAUGGGGCGGGUACCGCUACCUACGCAAGGCAUUCCUCUUGCAAUACUCCGAAUACUUUCACGUCUAUGAAGACGGUGAUAAGAUCCUCCACGUGAGGAUCGUGGAAGAGAAGAAGUCGGGUGUAGAGAGUAAAUCCAGUAGCAGUAACAGUCCUCCAGCACUAGAGAAGAAGUCUACGAAACAGGCAUCAGCAAAAGGGAGUACCGGUCCUGCAAAGAAGGCAGCAGAGAGUCAAGUUUCUGCCCAGAAAGCAUCAAAAGGAGCCUCAAGUUUGGAAGCAAAGUCGGGGACAGAGAAAGGAAAGGCACCAGUGUCAUUCACCGGAAAACAAGCCAAGAAUGAGGAAGGGAAUGGAGGAAGAGAUAAAGCUGGAAAAGUUGCUGGGAAAGAAGGCGGAAAGCCAGAAACACAAGUUUUCUUUGUCCACGUGCCCGGUUCUUCUCGUCGCUCACAGGAGCCAGUCACUGUGGCUGAGGUAGAGGCUGAGGCGGUCUCUUCCAGCAUCGAACCUUCUCCCUCUCACGGUCUGUCGCAGUUCAGAUCAACGACCCCCACGAGAGACCAGUCCCCCCUCUCUGACACGUCACAGUCUCAGCCCUCCCUGGGUCAGGCGAUGGGAGCAGUGGGCCCGGACAUAGUUCUUCCUGCAGUUGUACCUGCUGCAAUGGCUGCCAUCACCUUCACCACAACAGGCACCGCUCCACCCACAAUCCAACACCCAGCGAUGGUGCCGCUAGCCCACCCCCACCCCCACCCUCUGAAGUACCAGGUGAUGAGAGUAAUGGGUGGAGUUGCAUCAUUGGGCCCUCAAACACAAUCCACUGGAGGGCCUGCUGUGCAAACCACACCCACUCUGCGGCUGCCAGGCUCAACACCACCGCCUCUCCCGGUCCAGCCGGAGGACGAGGAGGUGGAAGAGGAGUGGCACAGUUCCGAGGAGUCGUGGCUCUCCGAGGAGGAAUUCCAGUCUCGGCAGCAGCACGAACAGCACAGCUCACCCAGCCACCUGGCCCAAUAUCUCUACAAUUACCUAUCCACACAAUCGUUCACCUUCGGCUGCCCCAUCGCAGAGCUUGAUGUGCAGUUCAAGAGCUACUAUAGAAAGCAGUUUGGGUCAAGAUUAAAAGUGACAAGGAUUACCGCAGAUUUUGUAAAGACCCGCCCUGAUCUGUUCAAGGUGCAGGACGAGCUGCUCUUGAAGCUGCGAGAUGGAGUUGAUCAGAAAGAGGCAAACUCGUUCAAAGGUCGUCCCUACACUCCUGAGCACAUCAACGACUACUACAGUCGGUACCUGGGCAAGGAAGGAGUGAUCGUUACCAUGACUGAGGCACAAGACGUGUUUGAGAGGGUCUACAAGAAGGAGCACAAGAUGCCCGCCAACCCACUCAUAUGGUUCCUCAGCGACACCUUCUUCAAGCGGUCGUCCCAUCAAUUUGCUCUCUAUAAUGACAUCGUCGUCUUCCCUGUCAGAGGGAAACACUGACACUUUUUGCACCAAAAACUUGUUGAUUUGUACAUAUAAUAUAGACCUGUGACAAUUGUAUGCUGUAUAUAUAGUAACUGUAGUUCUAUAUACAUAAUUUUCAUUGGAGUGGGCCCAAAAUUCUUUGUAGCACGGACUAGCUGGAAAAAAGUCAAGAGAGAAAGAAAGGAUGGUGGUUAGGGUAUGAUCAGGUCUUUCACAAUCUCGGUUGAGGAUGGUGACACGCGAGAGAGGUGGAGAAGGAGAUCUCUGAGUGUAGAACAGUUCCCGAGCCCUCUCCUGAGGCCCUCCUCCACCUCUCCUGCCCCGGGAACCAGAUGGAGGGCCACGACGCGGCGAGACCUGUGCCUGGCUGCGGAGAAGAAGGUGUGGACUUGCUGGUUUUGCAUCAGCUGCAGCUGCGCGUUCUCUGG